AUGUCGGAUCUCAAGGCUGCUCCUUUACCAAGCAUAAUGAAUAAACAGUUGUCUCUUAACAGCGACACUCCUCUUACCGAUCCCUUAUUGUAUCGUAGUACCAUCGGGGCCCUUCAAUAUCUCACAAACACUCGACCGGACAUCACAUUCAUGGUAAACCAACUUAGUCAGUUUCUGAAAUGUUUUACCGAUACUCAUUGGGCUGCUGUAAAACGACUCAUUCGCUAUCUUAGCGGCACCAAGCAUUAUGGCUUCUGUAUUCAACCAAACUCUGAUCUGUCCAUUUCAGCAUUUUCUAAUGUUGACUGGGCAGCAAAUGUAGAUGACCGAAAAUCCAUCGCUGCUUAUUGUGUUUUUAUUGGUGGCACACUUGUAUCUUAG